GAUAGUGUGUGUGUAACCGUGGAUAUAAUAUCACCUACCUGUCCCUGUCACUCUGGUACUCCUUGCUAGCGAUAUCAAGCCGAGAUAUCUGUUUGCUCCGGCUUCGAGCGAAAGCCUUUCCUUUCCUCCGACGCGGCUCAUAGAGGACUUAUUUUAAGACACAUUAAGCCAUCUGAGCAGAGAGUUGCUUUACGAGAUAAUUGAAAGAGGAGCGACGCAGCUUGUAAACCUCAUCACCCUCAACUCUCCGGACGCUUCUUCAACUGCUGUUUUUUCCGCUUGCGUGGUGGGAUCAGUCGGGGAAUCAUUUCUGCCUUGGCACCCUUAUCAAUGAACUCUAUGAAGGAUCCGCUGACUUUGGAACACCUACACCACCACCAUAUCUCCGGGAAUAAACUCACUUCCCUACACCACACGCCACUUGCGAUGGCUUCAACUCUGCAGCCGUUGCAGCGGUCGGUGGACACCAAGCACCGGCUAGAGGUGCACACCGUCUCGGACAGUUCUAGUCCAGAAUCCGUAGAAAAAGAAAAAGGUCAGAGUAAAAAUGACGACUCCUCCGAUGACCCGUCCAAGAAGAAGCGGCAGCGACGACAGCGCACACAUUUCACUAGCCAGCAGCUCCAGGAGCUCGAGGCCACCUUCCAGCGGAACCGCUACCCGGACAUGUCAACGCGGGAGGAGAUCGCUGUCUGGACGAAUCUCACAGAGGCCAGAGUGCGGGUGUGGUUCAAAAAUCGCAGAGCAAAGUGGAGAAAACGGGAGAGGAAUCAACAAGCAGAGCUUUGCAAGAACGGCUUCGGCCCUCAGUUCAACGGACUCAUGCAGCCCUACGACGACAUGUACCCCGGCUACACAUACAACAACUGGGCCGCCAAGGGCCUCACGUCCGCUUCCCUGUCCACCAAAAGCUUCCCUUUCUUCAAUUCCAUGAAUGUCAAUCCCCUCUCCUCGCAGACCAUGUUCUCCCCCCCAAACUCCAUCUCCUCCAUGAGUAUGACAUCCAGUAUGGUCCCUUCGGUGACUGGCGUGCCGGGAUCCAGUCUCAACAGUCUCAACAACUUGAACAACCUUAGCAACCAAGCUCUGAAUUCGGGAGUCCCCACGCCGGCGUGCCCAUACGCUCCGCCGACGCCUCCCUACGUGUAUCGGGACACUUGCAACUCCAGUCUGGCUAGCCUGAGACUGAAGGCAAAGCAGCAUUCGAGUUUUGGAUAUGCCAGUGUUCAGAACCCGGCCUCCAACCUCAGCGCGUGCCAGUACGCUGUGGAUAGACCGGUCUAACUAUCGGUGACUUCCCAAGCCCAGCAUCACAGGAAGGAGGGACUACUUUUUGAUUUUCUUUCAACAAAAGGAGCACUAAAAGACUAAACCACUAAAGCAAGCGAUAUCCCUACGGAAUUUCAAACUUUUGUCGGAAGUAAUUAAUUAGCCAUUUUCUAAUGAGUAUUUUUUGUUGUCCUACACCGGAGUGUGCAGAAUUUAGGAUACUUUAUUUUAUAAAGUUUAUCCUUUUGACAUUUCGGAUUUGGGACACUGAUUGACUGAAUGGCUGUAUAUAAUAUAUAUCUAAUUAUCAUCUCCAGUUUGUAGAAGAGAAUGCUCUAGCUCUCCAUACCUUUCAAGAUUCAAUUUAACACCGCAUGUGAGGAAAAAAAAAACUAAAAAGGAAUAAUGUUUUGCUUGCAAACAAGGGAAUGUACAUACUAAACGCACCACUCGUGUGUUAACAUAUUACAAAUGUAUUAUUAAAUGUCUGUGUGAAUAUGGAUUUAGAUUAGAGAACUUGGGUAAUACGACACAAAUGUCGCUGAAAAUGGGUUUUCUCUGUGUAUACUAUUUGGUACCGAAUUAUGUUUCGUUUUUUCAACAUCCCAAAAAUAAUAAACUAUUGUGUUUUAUUUA